GGCCCGGCACCAGAUUUAGUCAAAACUGCUCCGGGCGUUCUCGAACGCUAGAUUGACAUUCGAAUGACAGGAGCAUUGGGUGCUCUUCCUUCUGACCACCACAAGGUCCCCUCCGUAUCUCAUCUCCGGCCUUCGUUCCUUCCUCUGGCAACCAUGGUCCGCUUCCCCGUCGCUUUCACGAUCCUCUCGUCUGUUCUCGCUCUGCUAGCUAGCGCCACACCUCUCGUGGUGCCGAUCGCCCCUCUGGACGUCCUGCCUGCCAUCCGGGACUCGGUCGCUCUGUCCCAGCGCCAGAAUGUCGCUGGGGAUCCGCAGUUCCCAGCUUCCCCGUCCUCCUGCGGUGUGUGCGCGCCCAAAUACGACCAGAUGAGAGUAUGCAUCAAUCUGGCCCCCGUGCUGUCGAAUUUCUCGACGAUCAUCUCGAGCCCCGGGAAGUUUGUGGAGGUGUUGACAUGCGCGUGUGCGGAUCCGUUCGUAGAAACUUUUCCCGAUUGCGUGGAUUGCCUCAAACAGACGGGACAGCUCUCUGCGCUCAACAUGUCAGAUCCCGAUGGCGUCGUCGUCGGGCUCGAGAAAGCGUGUCAGUUCGAAGCAGCUCUGGGGAUCAACUCGACAAAAUCGAGCGCCGUCUCGACGGUGUCGGCCGUAGUCGGCAGCACCGCUCGAAUCUCUUUGGGCACUGCGGUGGCUGUUGGUCUUCUUUUACUUGGGUUCUUCUGAAAAUGUGCCGCUGUCUCUAUUAUCGGGCGAAAAGGAUACCCUCGACUUUGAUGAUCUUUAUUCACGAGCUUUCAUGUGAUAUCUCUGACGACAUAUUGACGAAACAUAAUGUGUGUGCGCG